AUGUCUAUGUCGGUAGGUGGUGAAGGCAGCUCAAAUUUAUUCGUAGAACUGACUCCAAUUUCGGAAGUGUGUGAAUCGCCGGGGGGUAGUUCAGAAGCUACGCAAAGCAAUAUCGAGACCUCAGUACAACGUUUUCAUUCAUCGAAACAUUCAACACAUACGCCGCAGUCGUUUUUUUCAAAAUUAAGACGUCAGUUUCCUAGACGGUUUUUUCGUAGAGAAUCUAAUAAGAAUCGAUGCAUGAUUGAGACGUUCCCAGUUUGUUCUUCCGAGCCCACCAGUUCAAGUAGGAGCGAAUCUGAAGAUGGAGAUGCAGUUCUUCAAGAAAUUGAUGAUUUUGUGAAGUACAGCGGUAAGAAGAGAUGGGACUCAGUUCAAUUAGCAAGCUUUUCACGGCUAUCGAAGCUUUUACAAGCUCCAGCCGUUUAUGAAGAUCCAUACUGUUCUGUAGCUGUUGAUGGAGCUAUUUAUGUUUCUGAAUAUUACCUGACUAGCAACUCUAAUGCCACACAUCGGCUUGGAAAUCGUGAGCCAAAGAGUUCAAAACGUGCCGCUUUGUAUGAUAUUGCAACAGUAUUUCAUUGCUCUGUUCCUAUGGCUCCGGUACAGCUUUAUAAGGAAUGGGGACUGUCCCGUAAUUCGGUCUGGUGGGCGAGUGAUUCCUUCAGAAGGCUGCAUGAUAGUCCGGAUACAGAACUUGUGGUGCUUCGAAUUAAAAGUACCUUCCCUAUGCAGUUGGGUCUCACUGUUGUUAACUUCAAGGCUUUCAAAAGUGCUUUACUCCUUUGCGGCUUGAAUGAGCAGUGUCAUUUUGUCUCAAAUUUGCCUGCUGUAAAUUGCGACGUUAUUAGGUUUAUUGAUGACACAGAAGCAGUAUCAGUUGACGAUGAAUAUGCCUCGUGA